AGCAAAGGCAUGCCCAUCGCGCGUCUGGCAAGUCCCUGACUAAGAGCUUCUUACUCUGUCACUUCUUGCCUUGCCUGGCUGCUUUUGAUUUCUUUUUCUUUAUUCUCACAAGUAGCUUUUCUCAUCCAACAAGCUUCCGCCAAACUUAAUUGCCAACCGAAGCAGAGGUAAAAACAAAGGCUGUGGGCACGCUUUGUUUUGUUUGUCUCCCCUCAACGACAAUCCUCCGCCGCCGCACCGACUUUCUUUGCACUCUUGUUGUCCAGAGCCCUCGAGCCGGCCCCCUAUACAAACGAGCCGAGAACGAUAAUCUAGCCACUCUUGGAAAAGAUACGACCUCCCUGCGGCAGCGAGGCCAAACUUCAAGAUGGGUGUUUCCGGUCUUCUCCCGUUGCUCAAGUCCAUCCAGAAGCCUACCGAGUUAAAAAAAUACAAGGGCGAAACUCUCGGUGUUGAUGCCUAUGGCUGGCUACACCGCGCUGCGUUUUCGUGCGCAGUGGAACUAGGCCAGGGCAAGCCUACCAAGAAAUAUAUUGCUGCCGCUAUGCACCGAGUAAACAUGCUUCGACAUUACGGAAUUAAGCCCUACAUGGUAUUUGACGGCGACUACCUCCCUAGCAAAGCCGCCACCGAAGAAUCGAGAGCCAAGAAGCGUGACGAAAAGAAGAAGCUGGCCGAUGACUUGAUGAAGGCUGGCAAGCAUAGCGCAGCGACCCAAGAAUUUCAAAAGUGCGUCGAUAUCACUCCCGAAAUGGCUUCUGCUCUUAUUCAGGAGCUCAAGAAGCUCGACAUCCCCUAUGUCGUCGCCCCAUACGAAGCCGAUGCUCAAUUGGUAUAUCUUGAACGAAAGGGGCUUAUCGAUGGUAUUCUUUCCGACGACUCUGACUUGCUGGUUUUUGGAGCUAAGCGUCUGCUCACAAAAUUGGAUCAAGUUGGUAACUGCAUUGAAAUCAACCGUCGCGACUUCUGUGCAGUUCGCGAGGUAUCGCUAACAGGAUGGUCGGAUGCCGACUUCCGUCACAUGGCCAUCAUGAGCGGAUGUGACUACCUUAAUGGCCUUCCUGGCGUUGGACUGAAGACAGCCUACCGGAUGCUCCGAAAAUCCAAAACUCCAGAGCGCGUUGUCAAGAUGAUGCAGUUUGAUGGCAAGCGUGUUUCAGAAAACUAUCUCACACAGUUUUACCAAGCAGAGCUGACAUUUUUACACCAAUGGGUAUUCUGCCCCGAGAAAAAGGAGCUUGUUCAUCUUACUGAGCUCGACGGUACACGAACAGCAGCUGAGAUGCCAUUCAUCGGAGCCUACGUCGAGCCAAAGCUAGCUAGAGCAAUCGCCAAUGGCGACUAUAACCCCAUUACCAAGCAGCCUAUUAUCACUCAGAUUACACCUUCAAAGCGACGAUUUACACCAACAAAGUUGCCAUCCUCUACCGAGCAGAUUCGCAAGCCCAUCAACUCAUACUUCAAAAACCACGGCAGAAUUCCAAUGGGUUCAAUGGACCCCAACUGCUUCUCCGCUGACCCGCAGCGUGUUGCCCAGCUCACAGACGGUGGACGUGUGCCUCGAGUCUUCCCACUGCCUCGUCCUUACAUUGAGGCUACUAAUCUGGCUGGUCGUCGCACCUCUCCUCGUCUGAAUCGACGUCGGACCGAACCUGUAGCUAUCGCAGAGCUGUUUGCAAAGGCUGCUAGCAGCCCCGCGGAGCCUCGCCAGUCUGUCUCUCGACCCUCGAUCACGACACCAAAAUCGGAGCCUCAAGCUCGACCUCAGAAGAAGGCGCGUCUGUGCGACGAAGCAGAUGCAACGGAUGACUCUCCCAAGAAGAGCAAGUUCUUCCCCAAGACGAGAGUGAGCCCGAGAAGAUCCAAGAGCGAGGCAUACCUACUCUCAGAUGACUCUGUCGAAGAGGCACUUCUUGCCAUGCCCGACUUGGACUCGUGGACGCCAAGUAAACUACCCAAGAAGAGCAUCGCCAUCUUUGAAGACAAGGCCAAGGACGACUCGCAAACGGACACUCAGGAGUCCAUUGCCACAACAGUGUCUAGCUCAUCCGACUUGGCUAAAGACUUGGAACACACCUCCACCCCAGAUUCAUCCUUUGAGGCCAUGCCUCCCCCCAAGGCUACAAAGGCUAUUCUCUCACAAUCACUCUCUACGCCAGCCCCCCUCUCUGUUAACCGCUUCACAUACUCUGCCUCCCGCCAAUCUGCUACUCCCGUGUCCGCACAAUCGUCCGUCUUCAGCGUCAUGGCGACUCCAUCAACCGCGCCAUCGACUGCACGCUCGCGGAUGACACCCUUGCAGCGUCUCAGUGCCAAUGCAUUUGGCGUGUCCCCUGCUCCCCGACCUAUGCCACAGAAGAAGUCGUUUGCCGGCCUCCCAGUAAACCCAUCUUUUGUGCCGCUCCCUCGAGUGGACUUGGACGAGGUCGAGGCUUUGCACAAGGGCAGUGAAGAUAUGAUGGCUGAAGAGAGCGAGGAUGAGAGCGAGGAGGUCCUUCCUGGCAGGAAACUUGACCUGGGACGAUUUGUAUAUUCGUCAUGA